AUGCCCACUGCAGAUUCCGUCCCCCCAAGCCCUGCAUCCGCAGAAUGUAUUGGCCUCUCUUGCGCAACACUUGUCAUUUUUACCAUGUUGUUGUUUCCUGCGCUGUACAUCGCUUACAAGCAUGGAAAGACUGGCAAGAUGUGCUGGCCAAUUCUCGUUACGUUUUUCCUUUUCCGAAUCAUCUCUGACGCCUAUUACUUGGCCGGCCGCGACAAGCCUGACGUACCCACGACAGUGGCUAUGAUGACCAGUUCUGCGUGCACUGCGACUUUAUCUUUGACCAUCAUUGGCUUGAUUUACGAAGCUUCGAUCCUGCCUUUAUCUCCAUCCAAGCGAUGGAGUAACAAAGCAGUUCUCGCUGGAAUGCAUUUUAUCUACACUGUCGGGACCGUCAUGGCCGCAUACGGUGGAAGCCGUGACACGAAAAAAACGGCAGGGGUCCUAAACGAUGGACUUAACAAGACUGGCAACGCCCUCAUGUUCCUGGUCAUCCUCAGUACUUUUCUCUGGCUAUGGCCUGCCGGCGAGCACACCUUAUAUGCUCGUCAGGAUGUCAACUACCACGCUUCCAAAGUGUUGAUCAUGGCGGCGGCACCGAGCACCGUGCUACAGUCGAUCCGCCUGAACUACGACAUAAUCUACGCCUGUACGCAGAUCCCCAGCCUACAUCCGGCCACAGGAAGUUUUGCAAUGAGAUUCGUUACAUUUUCUCUCCAACUGAUUAUCGUCACCAUAGCUCUCGUUGCUGGCUGGUCAAGCAGAGAUGCCGCAACGAUCCGGGCUGCAGCACUUGAGUUGUACAGUACUUCCGGUUUGGUUUGA